CUCUCCAAAAGCCCCCAAUAAUAAUAAUAAGAGAGAGAUAGAGAGAGACAGAGAGAGAGAGAGCAAUCUUCGUCGCCGUUUCAUUUCAUUUCAAUUCUUCCUCUCUCUUGGUUACGCGUUUCUUCUUCUUCUUCUUCUUCUUCUUAUUCUGUGAAUGUGCUGAUCACCUGAUUCAUUCUCUGUUCUGCCUGGGGAGCUUCUAUAGCAACUCUCUCUUGCCCUGUCUCCUCAAUUUCUCCAACACCCAGAUUCUGUUUUCGCUGUUUCCUUCAGAAAUUAGGUUUCUUUUCGUUUUGGUAUUGUCCAGUAUGAAGAGGGGCAAAUGGGAAACCAGAAUGGAUAAAUUCGACUUGUUUGUGUCUUUAAGCAGGCAAAGAUCGAUUCAAAUCCUGAUUGGCGUUGGUUUUUUGUAUAUACUACUUGUAACUCUAGAAAUCCCUUUUGCCUUCAAUACUGAUUUCAGUACUGUCUCUCAAGAAGCCUUUACUCGCCCUUCUAUUCUUCAAAACGAAGAGGAUAUGCAGGAUAGAGGUGCUCCAACUCGGCCCUUUGAUUGGGUUUCUUAUAACUCGGCGCAACCAACUCAGUCCCAAAGUACUGACAGAACCCUUAAAAUGUUGUCGAGUUUGAAUUUUGACCCCAAAACAUUUGAUCCUACUAAAAAAGAUGGAUCCGUCGAGCUUCAUAGGACUGCUAAGACUGCUUGGGAGGAGGGGAGGAAGCUUUGGGAAGGGAUAGAAUCGGGUAAAGUUCAGGUUUCGGAUGUUAAAAAGCCCAAUAACUUAUCGGAAUCUUGCCCGCAUUCGGUUUCGCUAUCUGGGUCGGAUUUUUUGAAGCGAGGGAAGGUGGUGGAGUUGCCGUGUGGGCUAACGUUGGGGUCACACGUUACUGUGGUGGGGAAGCCAAGGUGGGCUCAUGCUGAGAACGACCCAAAGAUAUCGCUGGUGAAAGAUGGUGGAGAGCCGGUGGUGGUGUCGCAGUUUAUUAUGGAGUUGCAGGCGCUGAAGAUUGUGGAAGGCGAGGAACCGCCAAGGAUUCUGCAUUUCAAUCCAAGGCUGAAGGGGGAUUGGAGUGGGAAGCCGGUGAUUGAGCAUAAUACUUGUUAUAGGAUGCAGUGGGGGACUGCUUUACGAUGUGAGGGUUGGAAGUCUAAGGCUGAUGAGGAGACAGUUGAUGGUCAGGUGAAGUGUGAGAAGUGGAUCCGAGAUGAUGACAAUCACUCCGAGGAGUCAAAGGCAACUUGGUGGUUAAGUCGGCUGAUAGGCCGAACUAAAAAGGUGUCUGUUGACUGGGCAUUUCCAUUUGUAGAGGAGAAGCUGUUUGUUCUAACACUUAGUGCUGGUUUGGAAGGUUAUCACAUUAAUGUUGAUGGGAGGCAUGUCACCUCUUUUCCUUAUCACACUGGUUAUACUCUUGAGGAUGCCACAGGGCUAAUUGUGAAAGGUGACAUUGAAGUUCACUCUGUAUUUGCUGCUUCAUUGCCCACAAUACACCCGAGUUUUGCUCCUCAGAGGCAUUUAGAGAUGACAGACAGAUGGAGAGCACCACCUCUUCCUGAGGGGUCUGCAGAACUUUUUAUUGGUGUUCUUUCUGCAGGCAACCAUUUUGCUGAGAGGAUGGCUGCAAGGAAGUCUUGGAUGCAACAUAGGCUUAUUAAAUCUUCAAAUGCAGUAGCUUGUUUCUUUGUAGCACUGCACGCCCGGAAAGAAGUGAAUUUGGAGUUGAAGAAAGAGGCAGAAUUUUUUGGUGACAUUGUUAUCGUGCCUUACAUGGAUAAUUAUGACCUUGUAGUAUUAAAAACUGUUGCUAUCUGUGAAUAUGGGGUCCGCACUGUGCAUGCAAAGCAUAUUAUGAAGGGUGAUGAUGACACAUUUUUUAGAGUGGAUGCAGUCAUUGACGAAGCAAGAAAAGUUCCUGAGGGUAGGAGUUCCUACGUUGGGAACAUAAAUUACUACCAUAAGCCUCUUCGAUAUGGUAAAUGGGCAGUGACAUAUGAGGAGUGGCCAGAGGAAGAUUAUCCACCCUAUGCAAAUGGACCAGGCUACAUUUUGUCCUCUGAUAUAGCGCAGUUCAUUGUUUCCGAGUUUGAGAGACAUAAAUUAAGGUUGUUUAAGAUGGAAGAUGUGAGCAUGGGAAUGUGGGUGGAGCAAUUCAACAGCUCAAAACCUGUGGAAUAUGUACACAGCUUGAAGUACUGCCAGUUCGGAUGCAUUGAAGGCUAUUUUACAGCACAUUAUCAGUCUCCAAGGCAGAUUAUCUGCCUUUGGGAUAAAUUGCAAAAGCUUGGAAGGCCUCAGUGCUGCAAUAUGAGAUGACAGAUACUAAACUGUCGAGGGAACGUCACAAGUUCAGAGUGCUGGAACAUGGGGUGAUGGUCACAAUAUUUGGUGACUCGAGCCAGUGGAAUGCUAUGACGAUCACAACAUUGGAUGAUUGUCUGAAGAAGUUAAAGAUACGUUACAUAAAGAAAUUUUGCAGCCAUAGCAUCAAAUAUUGUAUAUUCUGUGAAGUCGGCUUAGUCGUUCAUCCUAGGCUAAACAAAUUGCAGUUCAAAUUCAUUCAUUGUUUUUCCCUUUCCUUUCUUCUGUUUUUUAGGUCGUCCCUCGUUUAGCCCUGAGGGUCGGGUUAUAAUUUUACUACAUAUAAAUUAAUUUAUUCAUAAUCUUUUUAAAUAAAA